AUGAUGGAGAGCACGCAACAGGAGCUGGAUUCUUCCUAUUUGCAGCCACCCACCCACCUUUCCUCCACAACAUCAACAAGCACAGAGUCUGCUACCGCGCCAACUUCCACUCGCGCAAGUGGAGGAAAGCGAUUAGUCGAGACCCAAAAGUCGGAGACCGAUACAACGUCAGAUAAAGCUACUGCAGCUUUUGUUCGGCGAACACUUUGCUCUCACGAUGUUUUGCUUGGAAAUGGCGAGAAAGGGGGAACCACGCCUCGUCCAAUCGAUGAGCUCCUUCCACCCCUGACCAGCUCAAACGACGUUGACCUGCAACUUUACGGUAUCAUUUCGGUGAUCAUUAAGGAGUUUGUGCAGACAUGGUACUCGAAGAUCACGCCGGACCACGUCUUUGUCAACGAGGUUAUUCAAGUCAUUGCACACUGUACAAGGGCACUUGAACAGCGUCUGCGUAAAGUCGAUUUGGAAGGUCUGCUACUAGACGAGAUACCAGGGCUUUUGGAAGAGCAUCUGAUCGCAUUCCGCCUUGCAAAGCGACAAGCCUCGUCUCCACAAUCGUUAGUGUCAGAUCCACGUCUCAUCUACCACACACUCUACCCGCACCCUGCCUUGUCUCCUGUGCCGACCGAUGAUGUGCCGUCGACACAUGUCGAGCAGCGGGAGAACGAAUCUGCCUGGCGCCAACUCAUCAUCCAGGGAGUCCUAGCCGUGUUGCUCCCUACCGAUGAUCUGAAGAAUGGAUGUCUACGAUCCCUAGUGGCAGAGAUCUUCGCCGAAAUGAUAUUGGGGAAUGGCAUCAGCGGGAAAGCCUGCGAGGGCUGGCUUCUAUGGGAAGCUAUUGGGAGAAUUGCAGAUAUUCUCCAGACCAAUCCUGUUCAUGAGAAGGAUGCUUCGUCAGAUGACGGGGCCACAAGUGAGGAAUUAAGCCGCCUGGAACGCUUCGGACUCUUGCCCUCGCAAACCGAAGAGCAAACUGGUUCAAUCAGCUUGCCAGCCGCUGAUGCCAACUAUCACGAUUUCGCAACCCGAUCAGCCGCGGGCUUGUUUUGGAUGGUCGUCCAAUACGCGUUUUUGGCGUAUACAGCGCUGCGCGCGGUCAUUCUAACUAUAGCCACAGCAUCAUCGUUGCCGUCAAGGACCUUGGCAGACGGACCGGUAGCGAUGGAAGAUACUCGCGAAUCACAUCUGGCAGAAGCGGAGUCUCAGGCCUCUGCGCAUUUACUGGUCUACAAACGACCUAUUGUGAGCAUGAAGCUGUGGAGCUGCGCAGCGCAGUUUGUGGACCUAAACGUCCGCAUGCCUUGGCUGACCGGAUUCAUCUCCAUACUGCAUUGUGGAGCGCUGUUCGGCCCAGGAAGGGUGGGUGACACCGACGGCGUAUUGGACAGGUGA